AUGACGAACCGGCGCCGACUACCUGACACUGACUUGGAUGUCUCUUCUGGCGAUGUUUCUCGCUCCCAGGAGCGCAUGCUCGUGCGCAUGCACAAGCUUACACAUGGGGGUGACUACCCCGGUCGUGAGGACGACGCCACUGCCGUGCUUGCGUACUGCAGGAUCUGGAAGGCUGCUGCACUGCCGGGCACGGGGCGACAGGCGACAGGUGAGCCGGUGGGGGCCUCGCCAGGCGCACAGGCUGCGUCCCUGGCGACGGCGGUCUCACAGGGUGCGCCACAGGGACCGGCCGCGCAAGAGAUUUUCCGCCAUGGAGACCGCACACCAACGGACACUUAUCCAGAGGAUCCUUACAAUGACGAUAAGUACUGGCCGGAAGGCUGGGGUGCCCUGACAAAUAAAGGGAAAAUGGAGAUGUUUACACUUGGAAAAUUCUUACGGCAACGAUACAAUGGGUUUCUGAGUGAAACGUACUAUCCGCAAGAAGGCCACGUCAGGAGCAGCGACAACGAUCGCUGUUUAAUGAGUGCGGAGACUUGCUUGGCAGGCCUGUACCCUCCAAAGGGUGAUCAAGUCUGGAACCCUGAGCUGCUAUGGCAGCCCAUACCAAUCCACGCGACGCCCAGGAAUCUCGAUGCGUUGAUUGUAAUGAAGAAGCCAUGCCCCAGAUACGAGAAAGAACUUCAGCAGAUGUAUAAUUCACCAGAAAUACAAAAAAUUAAUGAAGAAAACUCUGAGCUGUAUAAAUAUUUGUCUAAACACACAGGAAAAACCAUUCAGAGUAUCCUGGAUGUUGAAUAUCUGUACAAUACUCUGGAAAUUGAGGAAAAACGUAAACUGCAGCUUCCUGCUUGGACUGCUGGUUAUUAUCCAGAUAAAUUAAGGACACUGGCUGCCAAAAGUUUGGCUUUGUUUUCUGAAAGUCAGACCAUGAAACGUCUUAAUGGAGGUCCUUUAGUGAAACACAUUAUAGAAAAAAUGAAGUCACAAAGUAACACUUCAAGAACUGUGUCUCCAAAAUUUCUCAUGUUUUCUGCCCAUGAUGUUACCAUUGUGAAUGUUCUCCAAACUAUGGGGUUCACAGAGCUAUUAAAGCCACAGUAUGGUGCAGCAGUUAUCGUUGAACUUCAUUCAACAAAUGACAGUGGUUUUGAAGUUAAGGCAUAUCAACUGCAGAAGAUACAUGCUCCACAAGAUCUGGUGAUUUUCAGAGAACCAAAAGCAGUCAGAGAACCAAAUGCAGUCAUAAUAAAUAAAUGA